UUACGGCCAGUUGGUUAGCGCGCGUGGGUCGUUUCUGUCACGUUUUUUUGCUUCAAAAAUGUCUCAGCAGGGGCCCGCUUUUGACGUUAACGCGAUGACGCUGACUCGCUGGGUGCUGUACCAGCAGAGGACGGCGCCGUCGGCCACCGGAGACCUCACGCAGUUGCUCAACUCGAUACAGACCGCCGUCAAGGCCAUUCAGUCAGCUGUACGCAAGGCGGGGAUAGCUAAACUCCAUGGAAUAUCCGGAGACACCAAUGUCCAGGGUGAACAGGUGAAGAAGCUGGACGUCCUCUCCAACGACCUCUUCAUCAACAUGCUCAAGUCCUCCUACACCACGUGUAUGCUGGUCUCCGAAGAGAACUCCUCGGUUAUUCAGGUGGAGACUGAGAGGCGCGGCAAAUACGUGGUGUGCUUCGACCCACUGGACGGGUCAUCCAACAUCGACUGCCUCGUGUCUGUUGGGUCCAUCUUCGCUAUAUACAAAAAAGUCUCCCCUAGCGAGCCCUCUGAAUCAGACGCUCUACGCCCCGGUUCAGAGCUGGUCGCAGCCGGCUACGCACUCUACGGUUCAGCGACGAUGCUGGUGCUGGCUUUGGGAAGAGGAAAGGGAGUAAAUGGGUUCAUGUACGACCCCAGUAUAGGAGAGUUUAUAUUGACAGACCCAAAUAUGCGAGUCCCGGAGCAGGGGAAGAUAUAUUCUAUUAACGAAGGCUACACAGCGGAAUGGUCACCCAAACUCAAGAAAUACAUAGACGACAAGAAGAACCCGAAGGUUGGCAAGGCGUACGGUGCCCGGUACGUGGGCUCCAUGGUUGCAGAUGUCCACAGAACCAUCAAAUACGGGGGAAUAUUCAUGUACCCCGCAACCACCUCCGCGCCGAAAGGAAAGCUGCGUCUCCUUUACGAGUGCAACCCCAUGGCGUUCGUAGUGACAGAGGCCGGAGGACUGGCGAGCAACGGGAACAUCCCCAUUCUGGACAUACAGCCGUCCUCCAUACAUGAACGAGCGCCAUGCUACCUCGGCUCCAAGAAGGAUGUUGAAGAGUUGCUGACUUACCUCAAAUAACUACCUCAUAAAAAACACGUGGCACUCGGGGACUGCCGCGGUAAAGCUAUUGCAUAGCAUUUUUAUCAACUUAAGCAAUUAUAAUUCGCAUACGUCGAAUUGCACGCACACAAUCAUAGCGCCGAAGUCUGGCAACGUCGCACCAACAGGCACAGCGAAGCGGCAACGCCGCACCGCUGCGCCGAUCGGUGCGGCGACCUGCCACACCGAGCCAAAGUCUGCCGAACUGAAACGACGUUAGACGAAUGUUAGCCGUUUUUCGUUACAGAAUUUCUUGAUUCGGUCGCCGCGCUAAAGCCCGCGAUAAAAACUAUGCAAUAGCUUAAAUAGUCAUAGCACGCACUGCGGUAGGCGGAAAAAUAUCAUGACGCGUCGCGUCGCUCUGACUCUGUGCCAGUGCGUUCCAAUUUUUUUGACGCCGCGUUUGCGAUACGGAAUUUCGUCACGAUGACUGUAUGGUCGCAGCCGUCGCUCGUUUGCGCCGAACUGAAACCAUAUGACCGUGUAAUAAGCAUUAUCUGCAAACAUUAUUGAAAGUUAUUCAAGCCUGAUGUUUUAACUGAAAAUAAGAAUGUUAAGGAUAAAACUUAUUUAAUUGGUCGAGUUAGCUUCGCAAAUUUUGU